GCGGUUUGGCGACUUUUUGCGUGUUGUUUUUGUUUCCGCAUCUGCCUCUAUUGUUUCUGCGGUUGGUUGUCUGGUUGUUGUUGUUUUUAAUUGCGUUUUCGUUUUCGUUUUCGUUUGCGUCUCCGUUUUUGUUUUCUUCUUCGUCUUCUCUCUUGUUUUCCUUCCGCCCUCUCUCCUUCCCCUUCACCCCCUGUCCUCUUCGUGCCUCUACGGAAGUUCUUCUCCCUCGUCCCUGCAGCUCUUCUUCUCUGACACGUUUGAGCCCCGGAUCCAUCCAAUACAAACAAAAAACAACAACAACAAACCAAUAACGAAAAUGGUUGCCGCAAUUGCCGUCCCAAAAAUGAGCUACAAAGACAUGAUUGUCGAAGCAAUCGUCUCCCUCAAGGAAAGAGGAGGAUCCAGCCGUCAAGCCAUCAAGAAGUACAUCCAGUCCAACCACUCUCUUUCCAACUUUGACAACCACUUCAACAACGCGUUGAAGAAGGGUGUCACCGCAGGCAUCUUUGCUCAGCCAAAGGGCCCUGUUGGCCCAGUCAAGGUCGUCAAGGAGAAGCUCGAGCCAGCCAAAAAGGAAAAGACCAAGACCACCAAGAAGGUCGCCAAGAAGCCGGUCGGCACCAAGGCCAAGAAGGAGUUGAAGACCCCAACGGCCAAAAAGACUGCUUCAAAGGCCGCUCCAAAGAAGGCCACCAAAGUCACAAAAGCUACAAAGAAGGCCCCAACUAAGGUGACCAAGGCUGCCCCAAAGAAGGCCACCAAGACCACCAAGGCCACCAAGACGUCCAAGACUUCCAAAGUUGCCCCAAAGAAGGCAGUUACGAAGGCCAAGAAGGAGACAGCCAAGAAGGCUGCUCCAAAAAAAACAGGGAAAGCUGCUAAGAAAUAAGCAUGCGCUCUUUCCACCGUUCUUACUUAUUCUUUUUUUGCCCCUCUAUCUUUCCAAUCUCUGUACUUUACUGUAUCUUUACUUCUAUUACCUAUUUUUUAUCUUAUCUUUGUUCAUUUUUUUGUUCCAUUGAUUUGCCACCACUUGAUAUCAGUUUCAUUUUUGUUUCCUCCUUUUUUGUGUCUUACUCUUUCAAAUUGUAUGUCUGCCUGUCGGCCAGAUGGUGGUGGCACAGUUGUAUAUUAGAGCCUUUAGUUUUAGUAUAAUCACUACAUUUCUUAUCUAUAUAUCUAGAUUCGCUUUUAUAUUAAUUCGGCUGGUUUAGGACCACAGAAGCCAUUUCCCUUGCUG